GUGAGGAGGGUUCAUGUACACACAGAGUACAGGCACCAACAGACAGUGAGAAUGUUGAAAAAUUCUUUUUAAAAUUUUUCCUGAAGUGCAAUCAGAAUUGUUUGAAAACAGCCGGAAACCCCAGGGACAUGCGGCGCUUCCAGGUGGUGCUAUCAACAACGGUGAAUGUGGAUGGCCACGUGCUGGCUGUUUCUGACAACAUGUUUGUUCAUAACAACUCUAAGCACGGGCGGAGAGCGAGGAGGCUGGACCCGUCUGAAGCUACCCCCUGCAUCAAAGCUAUCAGCCCGAGUGAAGGUUGGACCACCGGUGGGGCCAUGGUGAUCAUCAUCGGGGACAAUUUCUUUGAUGGACUCCAAGUUGUGUUUGGCACCAUGCUUGUAUGGAGUGAGCUGAUAACACCUCAUGCCAUCAGAGUCCAGACACCCCCUCGACACAUCCCUGGCGUGGUAGAAGUGACAUUAUCAUAUAAGUCAAAACAGUUCUGCAAAGGGGCCCCAGGACGGUUCAUCUACACAGCAUUAAAUGAACCUACCAUAGACUAUGGCUUCCAGAGAUUGCAGAAAGUCAUUCCAAGGCAUCCUGGAGAUCCAGAAAGACUAGCAAAGGAAAUGCUGUUGAAAAGAGCAGCUGAUUUAGUGGAAGCCCUUUAUGGAACACCGCACAAUAACCAGGACAUUAUUCUGAAGCGAGCUGCUGACAUUGCUGAGGCCCUCUACAGUGUCCCAAGAAAUCCCAGUCAGAUCCCUGCUCUGUCCAGUUCUCCAGCUCACAGUGGCAUGAUGGGUAUCAACUCAUAUGGCAGCCAGCUAGGUGUCAGCAUCUCAGAGUCCACACAGGGAAACAACCAAGGUUAUAUUCGGAACACAAGCAGCAUCUCUCCCCGUGGCUACUCUUCCAGUUCCACACCUCAGCAAUCGAACUACAGCACAUCCAGCAACAGCAUGAAUGGCUACAGCAAUGUGCCCAUGGCCAACCUGGGCGUGCCUGGCUCACCAGGCUUCUUAAAUGGCUCCCCCACAGGAUCCCCUUAUGGAAUAAUGUCUUCAAGUCCUACAGUUGGCUCCUCCAGUACCUCCUCCAUUCUCCCAUUCUCAUCUUCCGUCUUCCCAGCUGUCAAACAGAAGAGUGCCUUUGCUCCUGUCAUUAGACCCCAAGGCUCCCCUUCUCCAGCCUGCUCUAGUGGAAAUGGAAAUGGAUUCAGAGCCAUGACCGGCCUCGUCGUCCCCCCCAUGUAA